UUACCCUUCUAUUCUCAAACUCCAUUCACUACUCGGUUCUCUAUCGCUCGCUGCCUAGUUUUCCCAUUACUGCAUUACCAUCCUACGCGCCACCAUGCAAUCCACGUUCAUCUCACCACGCGCCGCCCCAAUAAAACCUGCAACUCCUUUCCAGGGCCCUCUCAUUCACUCCCACGCUAUACGCCCCUCCUCCCUCCGCGUCGUAGCACAAUCACCGGCUGCUGUAACCGCAGACCCUUCACUUGCAUCUAAUGUAGCUCAAAAAUUGAACAAGUAUAGUUCUCGCGUAACUGAGCCCAAAUCCCAAGGUGGGUCCCAAGCUAUACUUCAUGGAGUGGGUUUAUCAGAUGAAGACCUGAGUAAGCCUCAGAUAGGUAUCUCCUCGGUCUGGUACGAAGGAAACACUUGCAACAUGCACUUGCUGAGACUAUCAGAGGCUGUUAAGGAAGGAGUGAAAGAGGCAGGGAUGGUUGGGUUCAGGUUUAACACUAUUGGCGUAAGUGAUGCUAUUUCCAUGGGAACUAGGGGGAUGUGUUUUAGCUUGCAGAGUAGAGAUUUGAUUGCUGAUAGUAUUGAGACUGUCAUGAGUGCUCAAUGGUACGAUGGGAAUAUCUCCAUCCCUGGCUGCGAUAAGAAUAUGCCAGGUACAAUUAUGGCAAUGGGGAGGCUCAACCGACCUAGUAUUAUGGUUUAUGGUGGAACUAUAAAGCCUGGUCAUUUUAAUGGCCAUACUUAUGAUAUAGUAUCCGCCUUUCAGGUUUAUGGAGAAUAUGUAAAUGGUUCUAUAAGUGACGAGGGCAGGAAAAAUGUAGUCCGGAACUCGUGCCCUGGGGCUGGGGCUUGUGGUGGAAUGUAUACAGCCAACACAAUGGCUUCUGCUAUUGAGGCCAUGGGAAUGUCUCUUCCUUACAGCUCUUCAAUACCUGCUGAAAGUCCAUUGAAGUUGGAUGAGUGCCGUUUAGCAGGAAAAUAUCUUCUAGAAUUAUUGAAAAUGGACUUGAAACCACGAGAUAUAAUCACUCGUCAGUCACUACGUAAUGCCAUGGUGAUUGUCAUGGCAUUGGGUGGGUCCACCAAUGCUGUGUUACACUUAAUUGCAAUUGCCAGGUCUGUUGGAUUGGAGUUAAAACUUGAUGAUUUCCAGAAGGUUAGCGAUGAGGUUCCAUUCCUUGCAGAUCUAAAGCCUAGUGGCAAAUAUGUUAUGGAGGAUGUGCAUAAGAUUGGAGGAACACCUGCAGUCCUUCGCUAUCUUUUGGAGCGUGGCUUUUUGGAUGGGGAUUGUUUGACAGUGACUGGGAAGACAUUGGCUGAAAAUGUGCAAAAUUGCCCGCCUUUGUCUGAGGGGCAGGACAUAAUAAGGUCACUGGAAAACCCCAUCAAGAAAACAGGUCACAUCCAGAUUCUACGUGGAAAUCUUGCUCCAGAGGGUUCUGUAGCAAAGAUCACUGGAAAAGAAGGACUAUAUUUCUCUGGUCCUGCACUUGUUUUUGAAGGAGAGGAAGCCAUGAUUAGAGCUAUAACAGAAAAUCCUAAGAAUUUUAAGGGAAAAGUUGUAGUUAUUAGAGGAGAGGGGCCUAAGGGAGGACCGGGCAUGCCGGAGAUGCUAACACCAACAAGUGCAAUCAUGGGAGCUGGUCUUGGAAAGGAUUGUGCAUUGUUGACAGAUGGUAGAUUUUCAGGAGGUUCACAUGGAUUUGUUGUUGGUCAUGUAUGCCCAGAAGCACAGGAAGGUGGUCCAAUAGGUCUCCUUAGAAAUGGUGACACUAUCAAAAUUGAUGUCCAAGAGAGGAGAAUAGAUGUUGAGCUAACAGACAAGGAAAUGGAAGAGCGAAGAAAGAACUGGAGUCCUCCUCCUUACAAGGCUACUUGUGGAGUUCUAUACAAGUACAUCAAGAACGUGUGCUCAGCUUCCAGAGGAUGUGUGACUGACGAGUAGUGGAGAGGACAUACUUUAGGAGUAUAGAGUGUGAUUCGAGCCCGAGUUCAUACUGCUAUGCUGGAUACCUUAUUGCAGCUCUUACUAGGGUUUUUGUUUGUCAAUUUUCCUUUCAUCUAUUCUGUUUUUUACUGAAAAUUUUGGCACGUUUUAUGUUAGGACAUGCUUUCUCAGGGUGUCUUGUAGCCUCCUUAAGUGCAAAAUUUUGUUAUCAUUUAGUAUUUAUAGGAAGUUCAGUGUAUGUCCUUUGUAGCAUCAUUAUUGUGAAAUAAAACAGUGGAGUCAUGGAAAGACAACGAACAUUUUAUGUCUAUCAAUUCAUAAAAUAAAUUAGUGUAUAUUGGCGGA